AGAAUUCCCCAACCCACCAAGAAUUUGAGACCCAUCAGCUAUCCUCACCUGGUUUUGCCAGCCGGUUGAAGCCAUUCCUGGGAUUGUGGCCCCUGUUGCAUGCUGACAGCUUCUGGAAGCCACAGUUCUCUUCCUUGAAACCAAAACAGGAUUCCCUUUCCUACCACUCUGAAGAAGGAGAUGGAGAAGGCAGUCAGAACUCCAGGGGAUGGGUCACCUCCCCCCCCAUUAGGAAUAGAAAUUAAAAUGUGUGAAAUGUGGACUAUGUUCAUUGAAUGAGCACACAUAGUUCACAUCAACGACCUCCAACAGGGGAGAAACCAUUUAAAGGUAUGGAGUGUGGGAAACGUUUCACUGAUAGUGGAAACCUUAGAACACAUCAGGGGACUCACAUGGGCAAGAAAGGAUUCCACUGCAGGGAGUGUGGGAAGAAUUUCCAUCAAUGUGGCCACUUAAGUUUACAUCAACAUAUUCACACAGGGGGAAAACAUUUUAAAUGCCUGGAGUGCGGAAAGAGCUUCAGUCGGAGUGGAAAGCUCAAUAUACAUCAAUGGACUCACACAGGGGAGAAACCAUAUAAAUGCCUGGAGUGCAGAAAGAGCUUCAGUCAGAAUGGAGACCUUAAAUUACACCAGCGGAUUCACACAGGGGAGAAACCAUAUAAAUGUAUAGAGUGCGGAAUGAGCUUUAGUCAUAAUGGAAACCUUAGAAGACAUCAACGGACUCACACAGGGGAGAAACCAUUUAAAUGUAUAGAGUGCGGAAAGAGCUUUAGUGAUAAUGGAAGCCUUAGAAGACAUCAACGGACUCACACAGGGGAGAAACCAUAUAAAUGUAUAGAGUGUGGAAAGAGCUUUAGUGAUAAUGGAAGCCUUAGAACACAUCAACGGACUCACACAGGGGAGAAACCAUAUAAAUGCCUGGAAUGCGGAAUGUGCUUCAGUAAGAAUGGAGACCUUAAAUUACACCAGCGGAUUCACACAGGGGAGAAACCAUAUAAAUGUAUAGAGUGCGGAAAGUGCUUCAGUCAUAAUGGAUACCUUAAAUUACACCAGCGGAUUCACACAGGGGAGAAAACAUAUAAAUGUAUAGAGUGCGGAAAGUGCUUCAGUCGUAAUGGAAGCCUUAGAACACAUCAACGGACUCACACAGGGGAGAAACCAUAUAAAUGCAUGGAGUGCGGAAUGAGCUUUAGUCAUAAUGGAAGCUUUAGAAAACAUCAACGGACUCACACAGGGAAGAAACCAUUUAAAUGUAUAGAGUGCGGAAUGUGCUUCAGUGAGAAUGGAGACCUUAAAUUACACCAGCGGAUUCACACAGGGGAGAAACCAUAUAAAUGCAUAGAGUGCGGAAUGAGCUUUAGUCAUAAUGGAAACCUUAGAAGACAUCAACGGACUCACACAGGGGAGAAACCAUUUAAAUGUAUAGAGUGCGGAAAGAGCUUCAGUGAUGAUGGAAACCUUAGAAGACAUCAACGGACUCACACAGGGGAGAAACCAUAUAAAUGUAUAGAGUGUGGAAAGAGCUUUAGUUAUAGUGGAAACCUUAGGGAACAUCAACGGACUCACACAGGGGAGAAACCAUAUAAAUGUAUAGAGUGUGGAAAGAGCUUUAGUGAUUAUGGAAGCCUUAGAACACAUCAACGGACUCACACAGGGGAAAAACCAUAUAAAUGUAUAGAGUGCGGAAUGAGCUUUAACUGUAUUGGACACCUUAGACAACAUCAACGGAGUCAUACAGGGGAGAAACCAUUUAAAUGUAUGGAAUGUGGAAAGAGCUUCAGUUAUAGUGGAAGCCUUACAACACAUCAACGGAUUCACACAGGGGAGAAACUAUAUAAAUGUAUUGAGUGUGGAAAGAGCUUUAGUGAUAGUGGAAGCCUUAGAAAUCAUCAACGGACUCACACAGGGGAGAAACCAUUUCAAUGUAUUGAGUGUGGAAAGAGCUUUAGUUUUAGUGGAAGCCUUAGAACACAUCAACGGACUCACACAGGGGAGAAACCCUAUGAAUGUAUGGAGUGUGGAAAGAGCUUCAGUCAGAGUGGAGACCUUAGGAACCAUCAACGGACACACAGGGGAGAAACUGUUUAAAUGUAUGGACUGUAGAAGGAGCUUCAGUCAGAGUGGAACCCUUGAUUUAUGUCAACAAACUCACACAAAAGAGAAACCAUAUACGGUAAAUAUCAGGAAAGUAGAUAGAAGUUCACUCUUAGUGGAAGUUCAAAAUCAACAGACUCAUGGACAGGAAGAAUUUAAGGGUUGAAAACCCUUCAGACCAUCAACAAACUCAGAGAUGAGCAGCAGUUUAAAUGAAAAGACUGCAAAAAGUGCUUUCUUUAUAAUGGAGUAUUUAAGGAACAGGGACGCGGGUGGUGCUGUGGGUUAAACCACAGAGCCUAGGACUUGCCGAUCAGAAGGUUGGCGGUUCGAAUCCCCAUAACAGGGUGAGCUCCUGUUGCUCGGUCCCUGUUCCUGCCGACCUAGCAGUUUGAAAGCAUGUCAAAGUACAAGUAGAUAAAUAGGGACUGCUCCGGCGGGAAGGUAAACGGCAUUUCCGUGCGCUGCUCUGGUUCACCAGAAGCGGCUUAGUCAUGCUGGCCACGUGACCCAGAACCUGUACGCUGGCUUCCUCGGCCAGUAAAGCGAGAUGAGCACCGCAACGACAGAGUUGUCCUUGACUGGACCUAAUGGUCAGGGGUCCCUUUACCUUUACGUUUAUUGAAGGAACAUCUAGGGACUCUCACAUGGGAGAACCCAUUUAGAUGUAUGGAGUGUGGGACACCUUCCUCUCAGAGUCCACUCUGAUCAAUAAACUCAGCCGGAAAUCAUUCCUAAAAGCAUGAGGUAUAUGUGAAGUUCUGGUGUUUAUAUGUAAAACUGUAUAAUAAUGAAAUAAUGAAGGCAACCUCUCACAAUGGUGAGUAUAAUUUUAGAUGAAAGUACCUU